AUGGUGAUGGAGAACCUGGAAGCUACCGUCACGGCGGCUCUAGGCUACAGCAGCCAGAAUGUCACCAAGUACGUCGUCCGAGUCCCCAAGAACACAACCAAAAGAUACAAUAUAAUGGCUUUUAAUGCAGCCGAUAAAGUCAACUUUGCUACCUGGAAUCAGGCACGGCUGGAGCGGGAUCUGAGCAACAAGAAGAUCUACCAGGAAUAAGAGAUGCCAGAGUCUGGUGCAGGCAGUGAGUUCAACCGCAAGCAGGAGGAGGUGCGCCGGAGGAAGUAUGGCAUCGUGCUGAAGGAGUUCCGGCCUGAGGACCAGCCUUGGCUACUCCGUGUCAAUGGCAAAUCCGGAAGGAAGUUCAAGGGCAUAAAGAAAGGCGGGGUAACAGAAAACAUGGCCUACUACAUCUUCACACAGUGUGCUGAUGGUGCCUUUGAGGCCUUCCCUGUGCAGAACUGGUACAAUUUCACACCGCUGGCCCGGCACCGCACACUCACUGCUGAGGAAGCCGAGGAGGAAUGGGAGAGGAGGAACAAGGUCCUGAACCACUUCAGCAUCAUGCAGCAGUGGCGACUCCAGGACCAGGACCAGGAUGAAGAUGAGGAGGAGAAGGAGAAGCGCAGUCGCAAGAAGCCUAGUGAGCUGCGCAUUCAUGACCUGGAGGAUGACCUGGAAGUGUCCUCUGAUGCCAGCGAUGCCAGUGGCGAUGAGGGCAGCAGAGCCUCCAAGGCUAAAAAAAAGGCCCCAGUGACCAAGGCAGGCAGGAAGAAGAAAAAGAAGAAGGGCUCAGAUGAUGAGGCUUUUGAGGACAGCGAUGAUGGGGACUUUGAGGGCCAGGAGGUAGACUACAUGUCUGAUGGCUCCAGCAGCUCUCCAGAUGAGACAGGGGGCAAGCCCAAAGUGCCCCAGCAGGAGGAUGGCCCCAAGGGUGUGGACGAGCAGAGUGAGAGCAGCGAGGAGAGCGAGAAGCCCCCAGAGGAGGACAAGGAAGAGGAGGAAGACAAGAAGGCCCCUACCCUACAAGAGAAGAAACGCAGGAAAGACAGCAGUGAUGACUCAGACAGCUCAGAAGAGAGCGACAUCGACAGUGAGACCUCCUCUGCACUCUUCAUGGCGAAGAAGAAGACACCCUCCAAGAGGGAGCAGAAGCCAUCAGGGGGAAGUUCCAAGGGUACCAGUCGGCCAGGAACUCCCAGCACAGAAGCAGCAAGCACUUCUUCUACCCUGCGGGCCGCAGCUAGCAAGCUGGAGCAGGGGAAGCGGACAAGUGAGACUCCAGCAGCCAAGCAUCUUCGGAUGGACACGGGUUCCCAGAGCCUGUCUGGGAAGUCCACACCGAACAGCGGUGACGUCCAGGUGACAGAGGACGCUGUGCGUCGCUACCUGACUCGCAAGCCCAUGACCACAAAGGACCUGCUGAAGAAGUUCCAGACCAAGAAGACAGGGCUGAGCAGCGAGCAGACUGUGAACGUGCUGGCGCAGAUCCUCAAGCGCCUCAACCCCGAGCGCAAGAUGAUUGGUGAUAAGAUGCACUUCUCCCUCAGAGAGUGAUGCCAAUAAAGAGAGCAGGCCCAGA